AUGGCUGUUGUGGCCUUCACCACCGGCCUAAUUUUGCUUGCUGCCCUCCCGCUCGUUUUCUCCAUGUUCUUCGCCAAGAAAUGGUCCCCCAAAGGACUCCACUGUUAUGUUACUGGUGGCUCUAGUGGGCUGGGAUUAGCGUUGGCUCUGCUGCUCACGCGUAGGGGUGCCCAUGUCUCUAUAGUCGCGAGAGACGAGAAAAAACUCAAGACUGCAUUGGCGGAAUUGGAGAAAGCUCGACAAAAUCCAGAUCAGAAGCUGAACUCUUAUUCAUUUUCUUUGAAUGAAGCCGAUGCGUCCACCGCUGCUCUUGAUGCCGCUUCAGCCCCCCAUGGCGGCCGUACCCCAGAUGUCAUCUUUCUCUGUGCAGGAACGGCUACACCUGGAUUCUUCGUUGAACAGACCGAAGUUUCGCUUCGUAAAGCGAUGGACUCCGCGUACUGGGUACAAGCAUGGUCAGCUUUGGCGGCGUCCAAAAGAAUGGUACGAGAAGGGGUCAAGGGCAAGAUUGUGUUCACAUCUUCCAUUCUGGCCUAUUUCUCGAUGGUCGGCUACUCUUCUUACUCCCCCGGCAAACAUGCCCUUCGAGGGCUGGCUGAAACUCUGCGGUCGGAGAUGCAACUCUACGGGAUAACCAUUCACUUGUUCUGUCCUGGCACAAUUUACAGCCCUGGCUACGAGGAGGAAAACAAAACAAAGCCCGAAAUAACCUUGAAGAUCGAGGAGGCCGAUUCCGGUCUUCAGCCCGAGCAGGUUGCGGAUGCCUUGAUAGCGGGCAUUGAGCGAAACGACUUUCAUAUUGCCGCAGAUUUUCUGGGGAACAUUUUCCGGGCUUCAACACGUGGGGGAACGCCACAAAACAAUGUCUUGGUCGACACAUUUUUUGCACUGGUUGGUUGGGUGGGACUGCCCAUAUGGCGGAAGGGCGUAGAUGCGUUGAUUAUUGCUCAUGGAAAGGAAAGACACGUCGAGUACCUGAAGGAACGGAAUUUUUUCGACUAG